AUGACGAAGAAGACGACGGGUGAGCCAUCAGAGCCACCACACACCCGGAUACAUCCGAUGGGGUCAUUGGAGGUAACUGACACUUCGGCGGCACCGUCUUCCAGUGGUCAGCUACCAACACCCAAAAUACCAUCAACAUUUGGUGACCCGCCGUUGUCUUUCAAAGCGACACUGGCUUUCAGCGGCUCGCCACCGUACCUUGUGACAACUCCACCACCUGAUUCAUUCUUAACUCCCGUCACCAAGGCUGCGCAGGCCAUCCUACCCCAGAACCAAAAAAUACCCACCAUGACUCCCAUAACCAUCCCAACAUUACCAAACAAUAACACACCCAGCCGAUAUGCCAUACCCACCUCACCACCCUUUUUCUCCAACACCGUCGGUUCCCAUCACGCACAAAUGACAACUGUGACACCCUUCGCGAGUAACAUACACACAAACAACGCUAUGAUUGGCAUGACUAUUGUAUCGCAACCACAGAACCACCAAUUACUGAUCGCGGGCAACACACCAAUGCCGCCACUAAAGUUCUACCACUAA